AUGAAGUCGUCUUUGCUGGCGUGGUCGCUUUUUUCACUCGCUAUAGUCCCUUCCUUCGCUACGAACCUCUACAAAAGACAAGAGGAAACAGACCAGGUUGAAGAUGAGCCCACCAGCACCAUCUUCAAUGGCAUCGAAGUCCCACCAGAGCUGGAGUUGAAUCCAGACAACUUCAAGUCUACUAUCUCAGAUGGCUAUUGGCUUGUGAAGCAUUUCUCGCCGUCCUGCCCACACUGCCAAGCUAUCGCGCCUACAUGGCAAACAUUAUAUGAAUUCUACUAUACCUCCGAUCCUCUUUCAACCUCCUCGGCCAAAUCGCCCGAUACCCAAUCCUCAUUGAAUUCAUUUACAGGAUAUUAUGAUUUUCAUUUUGCAGAGAUGAACUGCAUGGCGUAUCGAGAUCUGUGUGUGCAGUUGGAUGUCAAAUUUUAUCCUACAUUCUCUCUUUAUCACGAUGGUGAACUGGUAGAGCAAUACUCCGGCAAAAAGGAUAUGCAGGGAUUGAGCAAUUUUAUCGAAGAAAGGUUGGAGCAAAUACGCCCUGGAUCUCGUCCUGCCAAUGGAGUCAAACUGCCUGAACCCGGAGAUCAUAGUGUGGAUGUCAAUGAAGAACCAGACGUGCCUCAAGCGAAAGACAAAGAUCCUGCCGCUGGCGCCAAAGCCGCCGAGAAUCAUAACGAAAAGGUAUCCCAAUUGACCGAGGCAGAUGAGAAGGCAACGAAGCCCGCUCCUAAGACCUCUAAGACAACCGAAGAGAAACCCUCGAUUGUCUACAAUCCUCAAGGAACCUCGGUUCCACUAACAGCUGAGAGCUUUCAGAAGUUUGUCACAAGAACGCGCGAUCCCUGGUUCGUCAAGUUCUAUGCUCCAUGGUGCCAUCAUUGUCAGGCUCUUGCGCCUCCCUGGUUGACAAUGGCGAAAGAGAUGAAGGGCAAGCUUAAUGUUGGCGAAGUCAACUGCGAUGUUGAAAAGCGGCUUUGCAAAGAUGCUGGUGUUAAAGGAUACCCCACCAUGUUGUUCUUCAAAGGGGGAGAGAAGGUCGAAUAUGAAGGUCUUCGCGGAGUGGGCGAUUUGAUCAGCUACGCCCAGACAGCAGUGGACACUGGCGCUGGCGUCAAGUAUGUUAAUGCAUCAACGUUCAAGGAAAUGGAGGAAACUGGCGACGUCAUCUUCCUUUACUUCUUCGACAAAGCAACCACUUCCGAGGACUUUGCAGCUUUGGAGCAGCUGGCUCUACCUUUGGUUGGACAUGCUCGACUCGUCAAGACCGACAGUGAAAUCCUCGCAGAUAGAUUCAAGAUUUCUACAUGGCCUCGCUUACUCGUUGUCAGAGACGGACGGCCAACAUACUUCAAUGCUUUGGCUCCAUAUGACAUGAGAGACAACCCUCGAGUCUUGGAGUGGAUGCGAAGCCACUGGCUUCCGAUUGUACCAGAGCUCACAGCAUCUAAUGCAAAGGAGAUUAUGCAGAACAAAUAUGUCGUUCUUGGUAUCCUCAGCCACAAGCGAUCCGAUGAGUUCCGACUCGGCCAGGCCGAACUGAAGAACGCUGCUUUGGAAUGGAUGGACAAGCAAACCCAGUUAUUCCGUUUGGAGAGACAGGAACUCCGAGAUUCUAAACAAUUGCGCAUCGAGGAGGCCGAGGAUCGUGAUGACCAGCGAGCUCUACGCGCGGCAAAGAGCAUGCACAUCAACAUUCGAGAGGAAGACAAGAAACAAGUCGCUUUUGCCUGGGUUGAUGGUGACUUCUGGGACCGCUGGUUGCGUACUACCUACGGAAUUGACGUGAAGGACGGUGAGCGAGUCAUCAUCAACGAUGAAGACAACCGACGAUACUGGGACUCCACCAGCAGCGGUGCCCACAUCAUGCCAUCCCGAACAUCAAUUCUCGAGACCAUCCCUUUGGUAAUCAGCGACCCACCAAAGCUUCGAUCCAGAUCUACAAUCGGAUUUUUCGAAGCCACAUUCUUCCAUACUCGGUCCUUCAUCGUCAACCACCCUGUAUGGUCAGCCAUCAUCCUCGUCAUCACCUCCGUCGCCGCAUACAUCGCGCAUCGCAGGAGAGUCUUGCGACGAGGAGCUUCAGGUUAUGGAGGUCCUACCAGUGGCGGUAUCCUCGGAUACGGAACCGGUACUGGUGGUACUAGUGGUGGUGGUUUCUUCCGUCUUGAUGGUAAGGAAGGAGUAUUGAAUGGAGGAUCAGCUGGCAAGGUGGAUUGA